AUGUCGCUGAUCAUCGCCUCCUCUCUUCUUGCCAUGGCUGCUGCACAAUACGCACCUGUAGCACCACCUGGCGCUAUGUGCAAUCCGGGAUGCAUAGGAGGAGCAGCAUGCGUCUCUGGUGCUUGCCAAUGCGGAGCCCCAGCCGUCGUCUAUAAUCCCGUCGUUGGAUGUGCUCCCAUACCUGUAGCACCAGCUCCAGUCCCAGUUGCUCCAGCGCCAGUUGUUGCCGGUAGACUUAUCCCUCAGGCCCUUCCUGGUUCCCCAUGUGAGCCCGGAGUGGAAUGUACUGGAGGAUCAGUCUGCUCAAUGGGUGUUUGUGCAUGCCCACCUGAACUCGUCCAGGAAGGUACCGUCUGCAUCAGCCGAACCAUUUACAGUGUCCUACCACCACCAGCCGUACUUGUCCCAACUGCUCCUGCUGUCCCAGUUGCAGCACCUCUAGCCCUCGGAGCCCCAUGCUACGCUGCCCCAGCACCAUGUGUGACCGGUGCUGUGUGCUCCGCUGGA